AUGCAAAUGACGCCGGACGUGUUGCAGGCAUCUGAGGACAGACAGCACUCCAAAAUGGCGAGCCGCGACAAGGAGCUGGAGGAGGAGAUUUACGACAAGGUCGUGGACCUGACAGAAUAUGCCAAACGCCAGCGAUGGUGGAACCGCCUUUUCGGAAAGAACUCCGGCCCUUUAGCAGCGAAGUACUCCGUGGCCACACAGUUAGCCAUAGGGGGGGCGAGUGGAUGGUGUGCAGGAUAUCUCUUCCAGAAGGUGGGGAAAGUUGCUGCUACAUCAGUAGGAGGAGGUCUUCUGCUGUUGCAGAUGGCUAACAAUAGUGGCUACAUCCAAGUGGACUGGAAGAGAGUAGAGAAGGAUGUCAACAAAGCUAAGAAGCAAUUAAAGAAGGGCACCGAUCAAGCACGCCCAGAGUUAAACUCAUUUGUUGACAAGUCCACGGAGUUUGUGAAGAAAAACAUUGUUGUCACGAGUGGGUUCAUUGGAGGAUUCCUGCUCGGCCUGGCGUCUUAGGGUCUGCCAAAUAACAUAUUCAUGUCGUGGAGAAAACUAUCGGGAAACAUUAUAAAUCAUUGCUGGAAGGUUUUAAAGUGUGUUGACAGCACAUGUUUCAGAUUAGCUUGUAGCUAUGUGUUUCUACAUACGCUGCACAUCCUUGUGUCUCCUUUCUGUUAAAGCAUAUGAUGUGGGACUUCUUGGAUAGACCAGACUAACCCUCUUCAAAUACUCUACUUCGCAGGCCAAAUAACCAUACAUAUCAUCUGAAUGAAUUGUCAUGUAAAGAGUAAAGGCUAUCAGAAGUUAUUUAUUUUGACCAAACUGUCAUUACGCCACAAAGAAAGAUUCUGCAUCAUUAUCGCUGCCUUAGAAGAAUUAAGAGACGUAUAAUGCUGCUAAAUUCACCUUCACAUGGCAGGUGGUCUCAUCGGAUCAUCGGUGCCACUGAUGUAUCUUUCACUUCCAGACAUCAGUCAUCUCCGGGGUGCUGAUGGAAAUGAGAUUGUUAUUCCUUUUUAGAAGGUGCCACAUGUUUGAUGGGUCACUCCAGCCUCCCCUUUAAGUACUGAAAGAUGUGGUUUGUCUACAAUGUAAGUUUGAUGAACAAAUAAAAAUAACAAAAUCACUUGAA